AUCCAUGGCUGGCAAAUUCAACCAUGGGUGAGCGCCGCCUUACUCUGCCAAUUUUCACCCCCCAAAUCCAAAUCCAAUCCUUCCCAAAAAUCAAAAUCCAAAAACCCUAACUAUACAUUUCAAUUCUAUCCAUCUAAAUUUAACAUAAAGAUCACGCCUUUGUCAAUCGUCACGCGCGCGCGCACACACAGAUAUCUAUAUAUAUACUAGAGAAAUGUUACAGUACACACACUCAAUUCAGACGAAGCGCAGCGAAUAAUAGGAAGAAAGAUUCUUCUAGAUGCAAUGGAUUCGACGCCAGUAAAUUGGGAGGCGCUGGAUGCUCUCGUGAUCGACUUCGCCAAGUCGGAGCGAUUGAUCGGUGACUCGCCGCCAUCGCCGUCGCCGACUUCUCUGUCCUCCUCCUCUUACCGGUGGCGCCUCCUGAUUUGCCAGAUCAGGCGCUCCAUUGAGUCCGGCGACAUCGACUCCGCUAUUGACCUCCUCCGAGGAUACGCCCCCGCCGUGCUCGAUGAUCACCGCCUCCUCUUCCGUCUGCAGAAACAGAAAUUCAUUGAGCUGUUAAGGAAAGGAACUGCCGGUGAUCGUGAUUCUGCGAUCGAGUGUGCGCGAAAAUCUCUUGCGCCAUGUGCAUUGGAUGCCUACCCGGAAGCAUACGAGGAAUUUAAGCAUGCUCUUCUUGCCUUCAUUUAUGACAAAGAUGAUCAGAUGUCUCCUGUGGCUAAUGAGUGGUCUGAGAGAAGAAGGUUUGAGAUUGCAGGGCUUCUAUCUUCUAUUUUACGGGCCCAUUUACAAGCAUACGAUCCUAUAUUUACAAUGACAUUGAGAUAUUUGAUAAGUAUACACAAAGGAUUUUGCCUUCACCAAGGAGUUUCAUCACCCUUAGCCAAUCUUACAGAGAGGCUGCUCCUUGAGGAGCGUGACCCCCCAGCUACACCACAAGAAAGUUUGUUUGAGGCACCUCCAUUUGAUGAGGUGGACAUUCAAGCCCUUGCUCAUGCAGUGGAGCUUACUAGACAGGGCGCCAUUGAUAGCUUGAGGUUUGCCAAGGGUGAUCUGCACAAGGCAUUUCAGAAUGAAUUAUGCCGGAUGAAAGUAGAUAUCUCAGUGAUUGAUGAACUUGUUCACGAGUAUUGCAUUUAUAGGGGUAUCGUGGACCCUGAUCCAACAAAUUCAGGAUUGCAUGUUGCAUCUGAAAUGGAAACUGCUGAUAAAUGGGAAGCUGGCAGCAGUUUAUCUGAAAAUUGUUCCAUUGUUACUGACAGUGAUAUGUCAGUGAGCAGUGCUCAGAUGGAAGGUUCUCAGACUAAAAUUGAUCCAGUUAGCACACAAAAUUCUGAUAUGGAUGUACGGUAUCCCUGUGAGGCAAACAGCCUCAGUGAAGAUUGUAGUACCAGUAGAGUGUGCCAGCCUGAAGAUAACAGAGCUUUUCAAAGAAACAGAAGCAUCGGAACUGUGGAUAGGGGCAAACGUAAAAGAUGGAGGGGGAGAGAUGAAAAUUUUGAAGUUUCUUCUGAAGUUUUCGCUGGAAGCUGCUGCAAAGAUGGGCUUGGUGCUACUGCCUUACUUGGUUGUACAAACAUGGUUCUCGAAAAGUCCAUUAUAAAAAAUGUAAGCAGUAGGGCUGACAAGUAUGAGAUCAUUUUGGGUAUGAAGGAAUUAGCUAGUGAGGGAAUGGCUGCAGAGGUUGUUGAAGAAAUAAGUGCUCUAGAUCCAGAUUUUUUUGCUCAGAACCCAACACUGCUUUUCCAACUGAAGCAGAUUGAAUUUCUUAAGCUUGUCCGACUGGGUGAUCAUUCUGCUGCAUUGAAGGUUGCCUCUUCUCAUUUGGGUCCUUUGGCUGCUAAGUAUUCAGCCUUGCUUAAGCCCUUGAAAGAAACUUUGUUUGCUUUGCUCCGGUCAAGUGAAGAAGCUAGUGGCAAACAUAUGCCCUUAGAUGCUCUUGCAACUUCCCUUCAGGUUGCAAUUGGUAGGAGGUUUGGUAUCGAAGAACCCCAGCUUAUGAAGAUCAUAAGGGCCACCCUCCACACUCACAGUGAAUGGUUCAAGCUUCAAAUGUGUAAAGACCAAUUUGAGGGCCUCUUGUGGAUCAAUUCUCUAAAAGAACAUGGUGGUCGUUUGUUAGGAGAUGCUACUUCUAAGUCGACUAUUGAUACGUGCACUCAAGGUUCCUCUCCUGUUACAAUAUCCUCCAGCAACAUGAGGAUGCAGGAAGAUGGUAGUAGUUCUAACCAGAUGUCAUCCAGUGAUAUCGGAUGUGAUGAAAAUGCAAUACUGAAAGUGAUGGAAUUUCUUGCUCUGCCCAGAGGAGAUGCGAUUCAUCUACUUGCCCAGUAUAAUGGAAAUGCAGAAACAGUGAUCCAGCAAAUAUUUGCAUAGCUGAAAGUUGUACGUUUACACCCAAAAAUAGUCCAUUGUUAUUUAAUUGGACUAUUUACACAUCUGUUGCGAUUGUGUAAUUAUUCCUCUACGCAGAUAUUAGGGAAAGGACUCUUGGUUUGAUAUUGUAAAUAGAUGUAUGUUGGUUUGAUUUAUUUAUUUAUAGGAAUAAUGGGGUAUUCUUUAUUCGUUGUAUAGGCGUCACCCUGGCUCAGUUGGAUUUGGCUACAGAUAUGGUGAAGUUCUACCAUAGUGAGAGUACGAGAGACCAAUGUAUUUGUACGCUACAAAAAUGACGAUUUAUAAAUGUUUUGAUACGCCUUUAGCAAUUAA